GCUUUAUUAGUAGCUUUAUUUUUUUAAUGCUGUGCCACUGUAAGAAUGAGUCAUACUUUAAAAAUUUGUAUUGAAUUCGGACAAAACAAUUGAGCAUAAAGUACACGCAAAACAAUCAGUCAAAUAUAUAUUCUAUGGAAAAUACCAAGCGCGCAGAGCGCACAUCCUCCAGCGGUCGGUUCCCAACACGAGACAACUUUAUUUCCGCCUGUCUGUCAGAGUGGCUGUCAAACACGGGCUAGGGGUUGUGCUCCUGCUGCUCCGUCAUUCAGGAAGUCUAGACCAACUGACAGCACUUCGAGAAGUCACAGCGAAAUCUCUAGAGUCGGACAAAAUAACCCCGAAGUGCGUACGCUUUUCACCAAGGACGAAUUUUACAAAAGGAGCAGUAUUCUUCCAGUCAUGAGGGCAUCUGAAAAAAUGCAACACUGGAUUUAAACCGAGAAGAGAGAGGGAAGACAGGCUAGUCCUACACACCCCUCAACACAUUUCUACAGGUCUAGCUGGCCAAUGCCGGACCCGUCGUGGAUAUUUGGUGGUGGUAGUAGCAGAAGUAGCGUGUAUGUGAGUGCGGUCCCUGGCGCCUAGCCCAUGUCCAGCACAUAAUGCCGUCGUCCACACGGAAAGGAGUACCGAAAGACCCCGAGUUGGCUGACCUCUUCUUCAAAGAUGACCCAGAGGACGUUUUCUGUGACCUGCAUGAGAUCGGCCAUGGCAGCUUUGGGGCCGUCUACUUUGCUCGGAACUCCUACUCCAACGAGGUGGUGGCCAUCAAAAAGAUGUCCUAUAAUGGCAAGCAGACUACUGAAAAGUGGCAGGACAUCAUUAAGGAAGUCAAGUUUUUGGGACAGCUGCGACACCCAAACACAAUUGAGUACAAAGGCUGCUACUUGAAAGACAACACUGCCUGGCUGGUGAUGGAGUACUGCCUGGGCUCUGCAUCAGAUUUACUGGAGGUUCAUAAAAAACCACUCCAAGAAAUGGAAAUUGCUGCCAUUACCCACGGUGCCUUGCUAGGACUGGCUUACCUACAUUCCCAUAAUAUGAUUCACAGAGAUGUGAAAGCUGGUAAUAUCCUGCUGACUGAGCUGGGUCAAGUCAAACUGGCUGACUUUGGCUCCGCCUCCAUUGCCUCACCUGCCAACUCCUUUGUGGGCACACCUUACUGGAUGGCCCCAGAAGUGAUCCUAGCCAUGGACGAGGGCCAGUAUGAAGGAAAAGUGGACAUCUGGUCACUGGGAAUCACUUGUAUUGAACUGGCGGAACGUAAACCACCCUUGUUCAACAUGAAUGCCAUGAGUGCCUUAUAUCACAUAGCCCAGAACGACUCUCCCACACUGCAGUCCAAUGAGUGGUCUGACCUCUUUCGCAGCUUUGUUGACUAUUGCCUGCUGAAAAUUCCUCAGGACAGACCCUCGUCGGGGGAGCUGCUACGACAUGAUUUUGUACGUCGGGAACGCUCGCCACGCAUUCUCAUUGACCUCAUCCAGAGGACCAAGGAUGCAGUGCGUGAGCUCGACAAUCUGCAGUACCGCAAGAUGAAAAAGAUCCUAUACCAGGAGAAACACAACGGGCCCAUGGGAGAGAGCCAGGAGGAGGAGGAGGACAGCGAGGCAGCCAGCUGUAAGAUGAACAGCCUGGGCAGCAACCACUCUAUUCCCAGCACCUCGGUCAGCACGGGUAGCCAGAGCAGCAGCGUGAACAGCAUGCAGGAGGUGUUGGAUGACAGUUGCUCUGAUAUGACCAUGAUGCAUCCCCAAGACUACAGCAGCACCCUGGACUCCGCCCCACACACCAAGAAGGACCAUCAAUACAACUGGGAUGACGGGAUCCACCGGGACCAUCGGCCAGAGCCGACGCCAGCUUCCUUUGAUAAGAGCAGCCAGGCUCAAAACUACAAAAACCAGGGCCGCUUUGCCACCAUAAAGUCUGCCUCACUGGUGACCAAACAGAUUCAUGAGCAUGAGCAGGAAAGUGAGCUGCGGGAACAGAUGUCCGGCUACAAGCGCAUGCGGCGGCAGCACCAGAAGCAGCUGAUCGCCCUGGAGAACAAGCUAAAGGCCGAGAUGGACGAGCAUCGGCUCAAGCUGCAGAAAGAGGUGGAGACGCAGGCCAACAACGCCUACAUCGAACUGGAGAAGCUGGCAAAACGGCAUGCUGUGCAUUCUGAGAAAGAGAUGAAGACGGCGCUGGCAGACGAGAAGAAGUUCCAGCAGCAGAUCGUGGCCCAGCAGAAGAAGGAGCUAACCACGUUUCUGGAUAAUCAGAAAAAGCAGUACAAACUCUGCAAGGAGAAGAUUAAGGAGGAGAUGAACGAGGACCACAGCACACCCAAGAAGGAGAAACAGGAGCGUCUGUCCAAGCACAAGGAGAACAUGCAACAUUCCCAGGCUGAGGAGGAGGCCCAUCUGCUGUCCCAGCAGAGGGUCUUUUACGACAGGAACUGCCGCGCCUUCAAGCGCAAAGUCAUGAUCAAGAGGCACGAUUUGGAGCAGGAACAGAUCAGAGAGGAGCUGAACAAGAAGAAAACCCAGAAAGAGAUGGAGCAUGCCAUGCUGAUCCGCCACGAUGAGUCCACGCAGGAACUGGAGCAGAGGCAGCUGAAGACCCUGCAGAAGCUUCGUAUGGACCUCAUCCGCCUGCAGCACCAGACGGAGCUGGAGAACCAGAUUGAGUACAACAACAGACGUGAGCGUGAACUUCAUCGCAAGCAUGUGUUGGAGCUCCGGCAGCAACCCAAGAACCUCAAAGUUUUGGAGCUGCAGAUCAAGAAGCAGUUUCAGGACACAUGUAAGGUGCAGACCAAACAGUACAAGGCCCUACGCCACCACCAGAUGGAAGUUACGCCCAAGGCAGAGCACAAGACUGUGCUCAAGGCCCUGAAGGAUGAGCAGACACGCAAGCUGGCCAUUCUGGCUGAGCAGUAUGAGCAGAGCAUCAACGAAAUGAUGGCUUCGCAGGCGCUGCGUCUGGAUGAGGCCCAGGAAGCGGAGUGCCAGGCCCUGAGGCAGCAGCUGCAGCAGGAGAUGGAGCUGCUCAAUGCCUACCAGAGCAAGAUCAAGAUGCAGACCGAGGCACAGCAUGAGCGUGAGCAGCAGAAGCUGGAGCAGAAGGUGUCGCUGCGCCGAGCACACCUGGAACAAAAGAUUGAAGAGGAGCUGGUUUCCCUUCAGAAGGAGCGAACCGACCGCAUCAAACACCUGCUGGAUCGCCAGGAGCGGGAGAUCGACACUUUUGACAUGGAAAGCAUGCGUCUGGGCUUCAACAACCUGGGCACCUUGGACUUUCCCAAGGACGACUACAGAUGAGGGGCCGUUGUUUCUGCCGCCGCCGUCUUCAUGUAGUCCCCCUGGGGCAACCGUCUGCCUCAGAACACCCCACCUCUCCUUUGACCUGACCUGACAGUGCAGGUGUUCACAGCUGCUGAUGCCCUCCCUCAAACACACUUUAAAAAAUGAAAAGAAUAAAAAAAAAAAAAAAAGAAACGGCUUCGGGAUCAGCUCUGGUGUGUUUUCUGGGCCGGUCAGGCAGGGUCGAUGGCAGGUUUGAGUGUCCCCCACCCCUCCCUGACAAACCAACCUAUACUUCCUCCCCCUCCUUGCCUCUGUGGUGUCACAAGAUGACAAAAAAAUAUGCUGGAUAACUUCCUGUGGUUGUCAUGUUUUUGUAAGAAUAACAUAGUCACAGUGUUUCUUGUUUCUUGUGCAAUGAUGACACUUUUGGUGUGACUAAAAGUGGAAAUUGAGAAAAAGGAGGGAGACAAAAUUGAAGGUUGUAGGAUGAGCAAAAAUCGCUCCAAAACCAUGCUUUUUCAGAGGCGAUAAGUAUAUUUGUUACUUUGUUUUUGGUGUCGAGCAGCGCAAAAAAUAAUCUCUCAAAGUGAAAAAUCAAACCGAUCCUUCCGCAGCUGUUCGUCUGGGCUGCUUCUUUGGUAUUUAUUCACGCAGACAUUUUUAGGACCAAUUUAAAUAAUUUGAUACUUUGACGGAAAACUCACAAUGUACAUACAGGUACACUUAUAGUAUAUGUGAUUCCUUCAUGUGAUUACUGCAGGGUGGGUGAAUCAUGGUACUCAACAUGUGUAUUGUACUGAUUUCUCUGCACUGGCAGCCAAUGUGAAAUAUAAUACACGUGAGAUGUGAACUCCCAGCUAGCACAAAGGGCUUCAUGGGGAGGGCAGGGGGACUUGUACUUUGUGUAUAGAAGGAUUUAUGGAGAGCUUUUACUUAUUUUCGUAUUGUAUUUUAACUGUCACUUAAAUCAGAAAAAGAAUUUUUAAAAGCGCUUUUUCCCCUCCCCCUCUCUUCAGAUAGUAUUUCAAAUCCAAUCAUCUAUCAAUGGAUUUUUCAGUUCAUUUUUCCCCCCACUUCUUGCUUUACACAACUCUAGAGCUGUGUAGUUUCUUAUAAACCAGACCAGUAUGAUGCUUUAUUAUUGCAUGCACUUUAAUUUUUUUUCCAGGUUAAAAAGAAGGCAUGAAUCUGUCAGAGCUUUUAAUUAUAUUUGUAAAUAAAGUGCUCAUCACACAAAC